AUGAAGAACGAAAAGGAAGUCGGGAUUCAGAUUUUGCGGAAAUUGCCUGAGGAUGUGAGUUUAUACUACUGCAGAUUAGUUUAAUAUAAAAUUUUGGAUUGAAAAAAGUCUGAAGAUGCCCGAGAGCUUUUCUCGCCAGGCAUUAGGGAUUCCCAAACUCAAAAAUAAAUGUUUUGGCUUUCGUUUUCCAAAAUAAAAACGAGAUUUCCGGCUCCAAACUAGGAAAAGUCUUUUAUCCUACUUUUUCAAUUUUAAACUAAAGUUUUUACCGAUUUCAGAUCUCUUACUUAAUAUGGAAGAGAUUUACAGUCCUGGAGAUCCUGGAAAAUUACCAUUUCGUUCCCCAAACCGACAAAUUCUCGUGUCUGAACCGAAAAUUUUUCCAUCUUUGUCUUCGAAACCAUGUAAAAUGCCUUCAUGGGGAAUGCCCCGUUCAAAAAUUCGACGAAUUUAUGGCCUCAACCUCCAGAUCGCUCAGCAACUCAAUGCCCGAAGCCAGUUUCGACCAUCAUCUUGCAGGUUUUAUCAGCAAACUAUCCACUUCUUCUCGAAAACCCAUUCAAAUUCACUUUAAAUUGGUGAAGAACUACUCCCAGUGUCCGAAAUUACAAGUUGUUGAUAGUGAAUUCGAUUAUGCGAAGAGAGAAGCUAAUUUUACACUCGGCUACACUAAUGGACACAGUCAAUUCAUAGAGUCUUGGAUGGAUUUAUCGACGGAUUUUGACCGGAUUUCCACAAUUUUGGAUUCCCAAAAAGGGAAUCUUUAUUUCUCGGAGAUCAAAGAGGUCGGCACUAACCAAUAUGGACUAGCCAUACUCUCCAAGAGCCUGCUUCACGAUCUUGACCCAACAUCUUUGCUAGUGAUAAACCUUUUGCCAUCAACUAAACCAAUGAUGACUAUGGCAAAAAACAAACUUUACAUAUUGAUGACGCUUCCUACUCUGGUCAAGAUUAUUCAAUACGAUUUGGAGACAAAAAACGUCAUCGAAAAGGAUAUUCUUACAAAAAGAAGGGUGAGUAAACUGAUUUGGGAUAUUGUACUUGCCAGAAGGUCACAAAGAUGGCAAAAAACGGCCAUUUUUUGUCAUAGUAUGACCAUCAAUGAUCUCCAUAUUAGCUAAUCAGCACUGUAAUAUAUUUCUUCGUAUUUACGAAAAAUUAAAAAUUUAGAUCCGACACAUCAUCGCCUGUGAUGACACAAUUUCCCUUCUAUUUUUUGAUGUUUUAUAUCUCUUCAAAGUCGAAUCGAAUGAAAUAAUCGAGACUGACAAGAUCUACACCGAGCCCAUCAAGCUAAAUGACACUUGUAUUGUCUACAUUACCGGUUACUGGCCUAAUGACUUCACCAGAUUAUAUAAUAUUAAUGUAAGUCGUCUCUAAAAACUUUACUCUGUCCAAAGUUUGUAAUCAAAACAGCUGAUAUGUGAUUUAGAUGUUGCAUUACAACGGGAGUCGGUGGAAAAAGACGUUCUUGCAUUCCGCGAAAACAAUUUUGCCCUGGACUGUCCCCAAAACAUGUAAUAUACGGCCGGCUUUGGUCCUAAAGCCAAUUACCUCGCAAAUAUUUGAAGUUCAUUACAUGAUGAGAGGCCGGAAUAUAUAUUUCCAGGAGAAUGAUGGGGGUAAGCGAAAUUUUUUAAUGAAGUAAAAUUGCAUAACAUGCCUUUCCAGAGACCCCGCGCAUGAUCCACAAGGACAAACUGGUUGACAAAACGCUUUUCCCUCAAAUUUAUCGGCUUUCUUACGAAUUCAAUGCCUAA